AUGUAUUUGCCCCCCGUUCUCCUGCAGAUACUUGGAACGGCCACCUUGUGCAGUGCCGCCGCCGUGAAGGCUUUUGCGCCAAGAGAUCUCCCAACCUUUUCUCCCAUUCCACCCGGAAACCUCACCGAGGAGCAGUCAGUGGAGAUUGUCGCAGUGGCCCUGUCAAAUGAAGGUCUCCCAUGGGCAGAGGAGAUCACCAUGUCGGAUACUGGCUUCCGCUGGUUUGUCCACGACCCUCCGAUUAAGCUCGAGGGCAAGGAACCCACCGAGGGUCCUGCGGUGGAGGAGAAGAACCAAAAGGACCGCAGGCUGGAGGGCCGCCAGAAUGGCAUCAAAAAAUACAUAUCUGGAAUGGAUGACAGGGUCGAGGAAAAGCGCCUGGCAUACCCUUUCUCUGCCAUGGGCAUGAUUAACAUCCUGAGCCAUGACGGCAAGACUUCCAAGUGCAGUGGCGCGCUGGUGGGUCCUCGCCUAGUAGCAACGGCACGGCAUUGCCUCAACCGCGACGGCAAGGGCGUCUACACGUUUCACCCGGCCUUCCAUACUGUCGAUAGACUGCCCAGUGCGACUGUGACGCAUGCAAUCUAUAUUGCGCACCCGAGGUCAUCGUCAAUAUGCAACUACGUGGAUGACUGGGCAAUCAUGGUACUGGACAAGGACCUGAGCGAAACAAGCGGCUACAUCGGAGCGCGCGAGUUUGACGACAACGUGCUCAACCACGAGAGCUUGCACAAUUACGGCUAUCCGGUAGACCUCCAGCCUGACGUGCCAUACUCGCAGUCGGGAUUCACAGCCGAGCUGGACCAUCAGAACGACUUGGAUUGCCCAAAGGACAGACCGACACCCAUGAGCCACCAGGCAGACACUGCUAGCGGGCAGUCGGGCGGGCCAAUUUUCACGGCUGGCGAGCAUGAAGACGGUGUCUAUCUCAUGGGAAUCAACGUGGCAGUUGAUCCCUACCAUGGCCGUCGCGCCCUGGCAUCACACGGGGCUGCAUUGAUGGGAUCAAUCGUGUACGCAAGAAGGUACUUUGCUUGA